AUGGGACUCCUUAAUAUUCACAAGAAUAAAACAUAUCACAAGAAUCUUCACUGUGGUAAUGUGAUGAAAUUCUUUAACUGUAACAUAGCGGAUUUAGGACUUUGUGGACCAAGCAAUUCGACUGAACCACGAGGCAUCUAUGGUUCACUACCGUUCAUGGCACCCGAAGUGUUGGCCGGCGGUCCAUUUAGUGUAAAGUCUGAUAUCUAUAGUUUCGCGUUUAUCAUGUGGGAGUUGUCUUCGGGACGACCGCCGUUCUCGGACCGACCGCACGAUCAUUCCUUGGCGCUAGAAAUCUGUCACGGGUUUAGAGAGAGCAUCGUUCCGGGAACCCCCUUGUUCUAUGAAAAGUUGAUGACACAGUGUUGGGAUGCCGAUCCAUCGAAGAGACCUGAUGCUGAGGAGAUAGUGGACAUACUGUUGUCACCUUAUGCGUACCAGUGUCAACUCCUUGGUAUUGAUGAGUGCAGCAGCAAUAACAUCGACGAACUCGAAUCCUUCGAUCGAACAUUAGCGAGCGAAGUAAUUGAUCAAAGUCGCAAGGUCCCUCUGGAUAUACAUCCCUUCGCUUUCUACACUAGCAAAUUCUUAUUGUUUCCGAAUUUACCUGAACCGCGAAAUUCGGCUAAAGUUGAACCGGUCACGAGCGCUCUGUAUUCCAAUGUGGGUGAAAUCUUGCAAGCAGAAGAUGAGAUUACCUAUGAAGAGUAUGAUACAAAUUGUCCUCCUCCUCCUGAAUCAGAUGGUGAGCAUAUAUUUUUAAGAUGA